AGAUAUACUGCCGGGACAGUCCGGGAACCACUGCCAGUUCCCCCACUCAACGGUUGCCUGGCUGCCUGACCUGAACGUUUCUCAUUGGUUCACUUCUUCUUACAUUUUUCUGAAGUAUUUUUUGGGGGGAAAAGGACAAGCGUUCACCAUGCAGUCCUGUGCCAGGUGUGGGUUUGUGGUCUACCCGGCUGAGAAGAUCAUCUGCAUUGACCAGAACUGGCACAAAGCAUGUUUUCACUGUGACGUCUGUAACAUGGUGCUCACUGCCAAGAACUUUGUCAGCCACCAGAAGAGGCCAUACUGCUCUGUACAUAAUCCGAGGAACAACACUUUCACGAGUGUGUAUGCGACCCCCGUCAACAUCAACGCAAAGAAGCAAAGCAAGGCGAGCAGCGAGCUGAAGUAUCGCGAAGAUGGCGAGCGCUUUAUGUCCACCUUCCACCAAGACAUGAGGUCCGUGGAGCUAGAGAAGGCUCGCCUCGCCGGCCAGAUGACCAGCCAGGCCUUCCAGUCGCAGUCCGAGUUCUCCCAGCAGCAGACGUGGUACUCCGGCAUGGCGACCAACCAGGAGAUAGUAACGAUGUCUCAGGACUCCACCCAGAAUACCAUCAACGACGUGACGUACACAGAAGACUACGAGCAGUCCAAAGGCAAGGGCAGCUUCCCCGUCUUGAUAACGCCAGGGUACCAGGCUGCGAAGACAGCCAACGCGUUGGCCAGCAGCCUGGAAUAUAAAAAAGGACACGAGGAGAAAGUUUCAAAAUACACCACGUUUGUUGACCCCCCAGAGGUUCUUCUGGCCAGGAAGCAAGGACACAAUGUCAGCGAUGUCGCCUACACAGAAGAGUAUGAGCAGCAGAGAGGUAAAGGUAGCUUUCCUGCACAUCUCACGCCUGGAUACAAGAUGUCAAAGAAGGCCAGCGAGCAGGCCAGUGAUAUUAAGUAUCGUCAGAUGUAUGAACAGGAGAUCCGGGGUAAAGCCAGCGCUGAGGCGGCGCUAGCUGGAGCAGUUCACGCCAGAGAAAAUGCAGAGAACUUCAGCCAGAUUGCUUAUACCGAGCAGUAUGAGCAGCAACGGGGUAAAGGAAGUUUCCCCGCCAUGAUCACUCCCGCUUAUCAUCUGGCAAAGAAGGCUCAGGAGAACGCGAGCAAUAUAAAAUACAAGAAGGACUUGAACAAGAUGAAGGGCGCCUCGCACUUCCAAAGCCUGACGUCUGAGGACAAUAUCGCCCUCAUGAAAUCCCGGAAGAUCAACAAGAUUGUCAGUGAGGUGGAGUAUAAGAAAGACUUGGAGAACACCAAAGGUCACAGCAUUAACUUCUGUGAGACACCACAGUUUCAAAAUGCUGCUAAAAUGGCCAAGUUCACAAGUGAUACCAAGUACAGGGAGAAGCACACCAGCGACAUGAAGAGCCACCAUGAAGACUCAGGCUUUGAUCAGAACACCAUGCAUGCCAUGAAAGCAAGGAAACUGGCUAGUGAUAUUUCUUAUAAGCAAGGCAGUGAGCAGGAGCCCGGAGAAUACAACUACCCAGCCACGCUCACACCCGGCUACCAAAGCCAAAGGAAACUGGACCCACUAAAAGACAAGAACUACAGGCAGCACAUCGACCAGGUCAAGUUCAGCCAAGCGAUAGACACACCUGGGAUGGUGUUGGCGAGGAAGAACGCCCAGCUCGUGAGCAAUCUAAACUACAAAAAAGGCUAUGAAAUGACCAAACACCAGUACACACUCUCCCAGGACCUGCCCCAAAUCAGAGCGGCCAAAGCCAAUGCUGUCUUGUGCAGCGAUAUUAAAUAUAAAGAGGAGUGGAAGAAGAACAAGUCUAAAGCCUGCGACAUCGGCGUGGACGACCUGAGUGUCAGAGCAGCCAAGGCUUCCCGUGACCUCGCCAGUGACAUUAAAUAUAAAGAGAGCUACAAGAAGGAAAAGGCAAUGGGGGUCAACAUGAGCGACACCAGGACUCUGCACUCUCUUCAGGUGGCCAAGAUGAGCAGUGAUAUCGAGUACAGGAAGAGCUCCAAGGAGGGCCAGUCCAAGUACAGCCUUCCCCUGGACAUGAUCAACCUGAGCCACGCCAAAAAGGCUCAGGCGCUCGCCAGCGACCUGCAGUACCGCACCAAGCUGCACGACUACACCGUCAUGCCCGAUGACAUCAAGAUCCAGCAGGCCAAAAAGGCGUAUUCCCUGCAAAGCGAGAACCAGUACCGUUCAGACCUGAGCUGGAUGAAAGGAGUGGGCUGGGACUCUGAGGGAUGUCUGAACAUUGCCCAGGCCAAGAAAGCUGGAGACAUGCUGAGUGAUAUUAAAUACCGGCAGAAGGCAGACAGCAUCAGGUUCACCCACGUGGCGAACGACCUCUCCAUCGAACACGCCAAAAAGAGCCAGGAACUGCAGAGCGGCCUGGCGUACAAAGCAGACACAGAGCAGAUGCUCCACCAGUACACCAUGACAAAAGACGAGCCCCUCUUCAAACAAGCAAAGGCUAACGCGAAUCUUCUCAGUGGGAAAGUGUACAAGAGCAAAUGGGAGAAGCAGAGGGAGAAGGGCUUCGAGCUGCGCCUCGACUCUCUCUCCAUCCUCACCGCUAAAGCCAAGCGAGACCUGGCCAGUGAUAUCAAAUACAAGGAGCAGCAUGAGAAAAACAAAGGCAAGGUGAUCGGCAUUAAGUCCGUCAGCGAUGACUCCCAGAUGGCCCACUCGGCUCUGGCUACCAAACUACAGAGCGGCCGCGAGUACAAGAAGGACUACGAGGACACGAAGGCCAAAAACAGCGUGUAUCUGGAUAUGCUGAACAUCAGCCAUGCAAAGAAGGCUCAGGACCUGGCAACCGAGACCAACUACAGGACUUUCCUCCACGAGUAUACGACUCUGCCGACGGACAUGAACAUCGCCUGGGCAAAGAAGGCUUAUGGACUCCAGAGCGAGAAACAGUACAGGUCCGAUCUGAGCUGGAUGAAGGGUGUCAGCUGGGAGGCCUCAAAGUCUCUGGAUAUCCAGCAGGCGAAGAAAGCCGGAGAGCUGGUCAGCGAGAGGCUGUACAAAGCUGGACGGAACGACGACAUGCACAAGUACACUUUACACUCGGACGAUCCCGACUUCGUCAGAGCCAAGAUGAACGCCCUGCAGAUCAGUGAUAAAGUUUACAAGGCGUCUGGAGAGCGAGUGAAGACAUCGGGCCAUGACCUGAGGCUGGAUGCUAUUCCCUUCCAGACGGCCAAGGCCUCCCGAGAAAUGGCCAGUGAUUUCCGCUACAGGGAGUCUCACCUGAAGGAGAAGGGCCAGCAGGUGGGGCUGCGCUGUGUGGAGGACGACCCGAAGAUGGUGCACUCCCUGGCAGCCAGCAAACUGCAGAGCAACCUGGAGUACAAGCGCCAGUCCAAGGAGGAGCGGGGCCGAUUCAAAAUCCAUGGCGACCAGCCCGAGUUCCUGCAGGCCAAAAAGAGCCAGGCUCAGGCCAGUGACCUCACCUACCGCAGCAAGCUCCACGACUACACCUGCGACUCCCAGCAGCUCGACAUCAAGCAUGCCAAGCAGGCCUACAAGCUGCAGAGCGAUGUGAACUACAAGUCCGACCUGAACUGGACCAGAGGAGUGGGCUGGACGCCUCCCGGGUCCCACAAGGCCGAGUUGGCCCGCCGGGCUGCAGAGCUGGGGCUGGCGGAGGGAGUCACCACGGACGAGGCCAUUGCAAACUAUCAGCACAUGAUGAUGAUACGUCGCCAGCAGCAGAUGGAGCAGCAGCAGCAGAUGGAGACCAGCGAGGAGACUAAACAAGGCAUCAACAUGGACGCCAUGGAGGUCCUUCACGUCAAGAGGAAAAAGACCAUCCAGAGCGUCCAGAAAAAGUCCACCAGCACCACCUCAUCCUCAUUUAAAUCCAUGGAGAAGAAAUUCAGCACCACCUCCUCCUCCUCUUCAUCGGCUGCCCUCCACAACACGGUGGAGUCAUCCACGUCUAGUAAAGCGUCGGCGAUAAAAGAAGCGUAGAGCAGAUACGUCUCUAUCGAUGAUGGUGUUUCGAGAUGGUCACUUUGAGAACGAGUGGUUGACUUUAAAAGUGGUAUUUGUGGUAUCUACUGUAGGUGCAAUAAUGAACUGUGAAGUGAUUUCUAAGGGUAUUACGCAUGUUGAAUCAGGAAAGGACUUGUCAAGUUAAUUAGAAGCAUUGUCAAUGUAUGUGUUGAGCAAAAAAAGAAUUCAGAAAGAAGCUGUGUUUUCAGAUUUAAUUAAUGCAAGGUAUCUUUUGACAUUUUAUCAACACUUGAACGGGUUGAAUGGCCUCUAAAGAAACCGGCUCAGGUCAAGGAAAACAUCAAGAAGGACACAACUGCUUCGGGUUGUUAAGCGUGGUACUGUGUGAAAUAUGAAAGUUUAAAGUCUGUAUAUCAAAUGUGUUUAGAAGUUAUGUAGCUGUAAGGCCAGCACUGCAGAAGAGUUUUUUCAUCGUUUUAUUUUUUUUAAUCUUUAGAGAUGAAAACAGACUGCGAGUUCAAAUGAAGGCCACCUUGUUGCAGCUUUUAACCCUCCUAUCACCUUUGGGGUCAAUUUGACCCCAUUCAAUAUUUAACAUCUCUUAAAAAAUUAUUGACAUUUUUUUUUUUUGCUUCAUAUUUCAUGACUUUUCCUAAUUUAUUGGGGACAACUGGGAAAACAUAACAUUCACAUGAUGAUAUGUUUUCACUGUCCUUUACAAUUUGACCCCAGGCUGUUUUUCACUGUGUAAAACAUAUAAGAAAUAUCAACUUUUUUAUUUAUUUAAAGUGCUAUUUAGGUAGUCAACAAACAAACAUAAAGUGACACUUAAACUUGGGAAACAAUAUUAAUUCUAAUAAUUUUCUGUAGGUUUUAAUUGCUGGGGUCAAAUUGACCCCAGGGGUAAAAGAUGUUCGUACAUUUGAAGGUAACAGGAGGGUAAAACAUGUGGUCUUCUAGGAGGUCUGCGCUUUGAGCUAACGGUGUGUGAUCUUCAUUGUGUCUGGCAGGUUCAGCUUUUUAAGUGUGUGUCAAUGCCCCUUUUUCAUUUAAAGCUGGGCUGGGAGUAAAUACUUGGUUUUGUCGCUGAUAAAAUAAACUUUUCAAGGCAAACUGA